AUGGAGGAGUGGGAGUAUUUAGAAGGACACAAGGACCUCUACAAGGACGUCAUGAUGGACAAUCAGCCGCCCCUCACAUCACCGGGUAAGGUCCAUCCGGCACCACCCAGUGUAGAUAGACCAUCGGAUUCCUCGUAUCCUGAGGAACCUCAGACUGUGCGGGACCUGGCCGGCAUUCACACAGAGAACAGGUUCUCAUGUACUAAGUGUGGGAAGCGUUUCUAUUUUCACUCUACUCUUAAUAUGCAUAAGUCAUGUCACACAGGUGAAAAGCCGUAUUCCUGCCCUAAGUGCGGGAAAUGUUUUUCAGCUCAGUCCGAUCUUAACAGACAUCAGAUAUCUCACAUAGGUGAUAAACCAUGGAAAUGUUUCCAAUCUAAAUAUGGUUUUACUACGCAUAAAAGAUCUCACAGAGGGGAGAAGCCGUUUUCUUGUUUUGAGUGCGGAAAAUGUUUCACUUUAAAAUCGAGUCUUACAGUGCAUAAAAGAUUUCACACUGGGGAGAAGCCAUAUUCCUGUUCUGACUGCGAUCAGAGAUCUCACACAGGGGAGAAGCCAUAUUCCUGUUCUGAAUGCGGGAAAUGGUUCACUGCUAAAUCCAGUCUUAAUGUGCAUAAAAGAUCUCACAGGGGGGAGAAGCCACAUUCCUGUCCUGAGUGUGGGAAAUGUUUUUCAAGGAAGUACCACCUUUCCAUACAUCACAAAUCACACUCAGAGGAGAAGCCAUAUUAUUGCUCUGAGUGUGGGAAAUGUUUUGCACAGGAACAAGAACUGGUCGUGCAUCAACGAUUUCACAGGGGAGAGAAGCCAUAUAUCUGCUCUGAGUGCGGGAAAUGUUUUAAACAGAAACAAGAUUUUGUUGUGCAUCAACGAUCUCACACGGGCGAGAAGCCAUAUCCUUGUUCUGAGUGCGGGAAAUGUUUUGCAAAAAAAGCACAGCUUGGCAGACAUCGUAAAAUUCACACAGGGGAGAAGCCAUACUCCUGUCUUGAGUGCGGGAAAUGUUUUUCACAGAAGAUCCAUCUUUCCGCACAUCAGAGAUUGCACACGGGGGAAAAGCCUUAUGCCUGUCUUGAGUGUGGGAAAUGUUAUGCAAAUAAGUCCCGUUUGGAUUCACAUCAGAGACUGCACAACGGUGAAAAGCCAUAUUCCUGCCCUGAGUGCGGGAAAUGUUUUUCAGCUAAGUCACAUCUUAACAGACAUCAGAGAUCUCACACGGGUGAGAAACCAUAUUGCUGUCCUGAGUGCGGGAAAUGUUUUUCAGAUAAGUCUCAUCUUAACAAACAUCAGAGAUGGCACACAGGUGAGAAGCUGUAUUCCUGUUCUGAGUGCGGGAAAUGUUUUGUACAAAAAUCAGACAUUGUUUCACAUCAAAGAUCUCAUACGGGCGAAAAGCCGUAUUCCUGUACUGAGUGCGGGAAAUGUUUUUCAGAUAAGUCAUGUCUUAACAGACAUCAGAGAUCGCACACAGGUGAAAAGCCAUAUUCCUGCCCGGAGUGUGGAAAAUGUUUUUCAGAAAAGUCACAUCUUAACAAUCAUCAGAGAUUGCACACAGGUGAGAAGCUGUAUUCCUGUACUGAGUGCGGUAAACAUUUUGUACAAAAAUCAGAGAUGGUCUCACAUCAAAGGUCCCACACGGGGGAAAAGCCGUAUUCCUGUACUGAGUGCGGGAAAUGUUUUUCAGAGAAGUCCAAUCUUUACAGACAUCAGAGGUCUCACACGGGGGAUAAACCAUUUUCCUGUGUUGAGUGUGGGAAAUGUUUUUCAGAAAAGUCCUCUCUUUCCACACAUCAGAGAUUGCACAAGGGUGAGAAACCAUAUUCCUGUUCUGAGUGCGGAAAAUGUUUUUCACUGAAGUCCACUCUUUACAGACAUCAAAGAUCGCACACAGGGGAGAAACCGUAUUCCUGUCCUGAGUGCAGGAAAUGUUUUUCACAGAAGUCCAGUCUUUGCAGACAUCAGAGAUCUCACACGGGGGAGAAGCCACGCUACUGUCCUGAGUGA